UAGAAGUAAAGUGAGUGAUAAUUAUAGGAGGAUGGCUAGUAGCUGAACUUACAAACUUUGCGGUGUGUUGGCACAGCUGCUUCACUCUGCUGUCAACUUCAAAGUUUAACUUCACUGACUUCACAUACACACAAUAUGUGGUCACUGUUUUCCCGCGACCCAGCCAGUUCACUUCCUUAUGAGAUUGGUGAAGAAGUGAGGUGUGAAGACAAUCGCACGGUAUGGAAGCUGCACCGAGGCAAGAAAAGGCAAAAUGGAGAAGAGGUCAGUUUAUUCGUAUGUGACGUAAGAGAUGGAAACACAUCCUAUUUGGAUGUAGCCAAGGCGGCUAUCAAGAAGCUUAAAACUCUGCGCCAUCCCUGCAUCCUCACCUACAUUGAUAGUUUGGAGAGCGAUAAGUUGGUGUACUUGGUAACGGAGCCCGUAACUCCACUCUUGACGUGGCUGAGUGACGACUCUCUGACUGCUGCACAUCGCACUACUGCUGUGUCAUGGGGGCUGCUUCAAGUCACUAAAGGUCUGAGCUUCUUAAACAAUGAUGGGAAUUUGAUUCACUAUAAUGUUUGCGCCAGCAGUGUAUUUGUUACACGUGCUGGAGAGUGGAAGCUAGGUGGGGUAGAAUAUUCCAGCAGCGACUCCUCGAUGUUCCCUGUCAAAAUUAUUCCCAAACUGGAGGUGUACAACCCACCGGAAAAGAUUGAGCCUUCGAAAAUGUGCACUACAACUAAAUGGGCAGCAGAUAUGUGGGGCCUUGGCUGUCUAGUCUGGGAGGUUUUUAAUGGUUAUCUUGACACAUCUCUAUCUCUCAGAAACACUUCAAAGAUUCCCAAGUCAUUAGUAGCCACAUACACUCGACUAGUUGGUGCCAAUCCUGCUUCCCGACCAAACCCAAAAGACGUAGUCAGAAACCUUCGCCAGCCGGGGCAAUUUUUCGACAAUGAUCUUAUAGAGACGUUGCUCUUCUUGGAAGAAAUACAAAUUAAGGAUGCUAAUGAGAAGCACAGAUUCUUCUCUGAGCUGACACCCAAGCUUGAUAACAUCCCGGAUUAUGUGGCCAAGAACAAGGUUCUGCCGGCAUUAUUAACUGCCCACGAGUUUUCCAAUGUUGGCUCUGUUGUAUUAAGUCCUCUAUUUAAGAUUGGUACAUUGCUUGGUGAAGCAGAAUAUCAGCAGAAUAUUCUUCCAUGUGUAGUGAAGCUGUUUUCAUCAAGUGACCGUGCCACGCGACUCAAACUCUUACAGCAGAUUGAAUUCCUUAUAGAACACAUGAAUCUCUCCACUGUUAAUGAACAAGUGUUUCCUCAGCUGGCGACGGGGUUUCUAGACACCAAUCCAACCAUCCGAGAGCACACAGUGAAGUCCAUAUUGUUCCUGGCACCUAAGCUGAAUUAUAAUAAUCUCAACGUGGAAGUCUUGAAGCAUUUUGCUCGUCUUCAGUCCAAGGAUGAUCAAGGAGGAAUCCGAACCAACACCACUGUCUGCCUGGGCAAGAUUACAAAUUACCUCCAUCCAGAUGUGCGACAAAAGUGCCUCACUUCUGCAUUCACUCGAGCCAUGAGGGACCCGUUUCCCCCAGCACGCACUGCUGGGGUGAUGGCUAUAGCAGCCACUCAACAGUAUUACCCACUACAGGAAGUUGCUGCAAGGAUCCUGCCAAGUCUUUGCCAGCUAACAUUAGACCCAGACAAAGCUGUACGAGACUGUGUUUUCCGGGUCUUAAAAGGAUUUCUCAGCAAAUUAGAAAAAGUUUCAGAGGAUCCAACACUCAGAGAGCAAAUAGAGGCUGAAGUGAAGAGUUUCAGUUCAGGCAGCUCACAGCCAGCAUCUUGGGCAGGAUGGGCUGUAGGUGCUAUCACGUCUAAAUUCUACAAGAGUUCUCUAAGUGCAAACUCUCUGCCGCAGCAACAGCAGAAGCAACAGCCGAAACUGUCCACAUCAUCCAGCACUGAGACACCCUCUACCAAGUCCAGCAGCCUGGCUACCACUCCUUCCCAAGAUCUUAGCAGAGCCUCCAGCAGAACUGCAACUAAAGCAUCUAAUGAUGAUGAUGAGUCUGAUUACGAAGACUGGGAGACGUCGAAAUGGAAGUCUGGGAAUGAUUCUCCAGAGGUGAAGAAGAACAGUGCUGUUGAUAAGUGUGUUACAGUCUCUCACACUUUGGCUGCUGCUGAGGAUGACAUAGUUGGUGCAGAUGGAUGGGAGGAGGAGGAAGCUUGGGGAAGUUUAGAAGAUGGGGUGAGGAGAACAACAUUAUCAUUUCAAGCUUUGCAUGCAAGCUUUUUAUUUUGUGUAUUGUUUUCCUUUUUUGGAUGGUUUGAGAUGAUUGGCCGUGGUAGAUUCCCAAGCACAAAUGCCAUAGGUGAAAUAGAAGGGAAUCAGACAUUGGAAGAGGAAGAAGAGCCUGCAGGGAAAUGGUUAACACAACAACAGUUAGGUGAGCAGUUCUACAUUGCUGCUAAAUUUGCUGACUUUUUCUUGGAAGAGUACCCUGACACAUCUAGAAGCACUGCUCUGAAGCAGUUGCUGGAACAGUCACCCAGUUUGGCUACACCACACUUCUCCACUGACAUCAGUCCACGUAAGGAGCAGCCAGAAAAUAAGGGUGUGAGUCGAGGUGUGGUGUCGAGAUCAUCUUCUCAUGUUGUCUCUCCCAGCAAGACUUCACCUACCAGUGGCUGGGAUGAAUGGGGAGACCAGGACACUCCAGUGCUUAGUAACCUUGGUACCAAAGGAGAUGAGCAGCGUAGACAACGGGAAGAAAAGAAGCAACAGAGACAGAGAGAGAUUGAAGCUAAACGAGCAGCUCGUGCUGGACCCAUGAAACUGGGUGCAAAGAAAAUCUGAAAUACAUCUCUAGGAAAUAGUCAGAGUUGCUUACUAAUAUUGUUCAAGAACAGGUCUAGAUGAUGUAUUGCAACUGAGAUGAAAGAUCUUAAUUUUAGAAUUUUUAUUUACUUGUAAAUACAUUUUUUUUACAUCAAUGCUUUGAUAAUAUCCUUAAAACUUUCAUAGUGAUAUGUAAAAGAUACUGUAUUUUUAUAGCACUCCUAUUAUUGUAUUCUGGUAACCUAACUAUUUCUAGUAUUGAGAAAUGAAAUGUGUAUGUAGAAUAUUCUUGAAAACCUUUAUGCUAUACAUUUCUCCUUUGAGGACCUUAAUAAAAUACCCGAAGCUUUCAUAUAGAAAAUUUUUUGUUUUGCUUUACUGUCACCGAGCAGAAGAAAAUGUGCUGUUAAACAACGGCAGACAUGGUGGCGCAGCAGAAGAAACACAGGACUAUAAAUUAUAAAUGCAGUACAUACACCUGGAUUUACAGCUGGAGCACUAAGGAACUAAUCAACUUUGCAACAAGUCAUCCCCACUGCAAAUGUGUAUAACAUAGUCAUCCUUUGUGUUAUUGUUUUCUAU